GCAACCAAUCAUUUCGUCGAGUCUAUGGAUGCGGGCUUAUCACACUCUGCUUCUGCAAGAGAGCAUAUGCCAAUGAUUCCUAGUUUUGUAACAGCGGUCCCUACAGGUAAGGAGAAGGGUUUGUUCUUAGCAGGUGAUUUAGGUGGUACCAACUUCAGAGUUUGCUCCACUAACUUGAAAGGCGAUCACACUUAUGAAUUGAAACAAUCAAAAUACAGAAUCCCACUUGAUUUGAUGAAAGAUUCCACUGCUGAUGAAUUAUUUGCAUACUUAGCCAGCAAAGUUAAAAACUUCUUCGAGGAACACCACAAUGAAUAUUCUGGAGAAUCCUUGAGUUUGGGAUUCACCUUCUCAUUCCCUGUUGAUCAAACUGCAUUGAACAGGGGGAAGUUGAUUCGUUGGACUAAGGGGUUUGAUUUACCAGAUUGUGUUGGCAAAGAUAUCGUUGAAUUAUUGCAGAAGCAUAUUGAUGCCCUUGGUGUCAAGGUUAAUGUAACCGCAUUGGCAAAUGAUACUGUUGGUACUUUGUUAUCGAGAGCAUACUCGAAUGAUCCUUCUAAAACCAAUUCUAAUACUGUAAUUGGUGCCAUUUAUGGUACUGGUACAAAUGGUGCCUAUUUUGAGACCUUAGAAAACAUCAAGAAGUUAAAGAAUAUUGAUGUGCCAAAGGGUGCCAAAGGUAUUGUCAUUAAUACUGAGUGGGGUUCUUUUGACAACACUCUUCAAGUUUUACCUUCGACCAAAUACGAUGAAAUCGUAGAUAAAGAAACAGCCAAUAUUGGUUACCAUUUGUUUGAAAAGAGAAUCAGUGGUAUGUUCUUGGGGGAGAUUUUGCGUGUUAUCUUAAUUGACUUGUUUGAUCGUGGUUUAUUAUUCCAAGAUUUAUAUAAAGCAAGAGGUGGAUCAUUACCGCACAGAUUAGCCGAGGCUUGGCAAUUGGAUUCAGAGGUGUUGUCCUACUUACAAAUAGAUGAUUCCACCGACUUGAAAAUGUCUGAAUUGAUUUUGGAGAAUCAUUUGAGAUUACCAACUACGAAGGAGGAAAGAUUGGCAAUUCAAAAGAUAACUCAGACCGUCUCAAACAGAGCUGCUUACAUUUCGGCUAUUCCUUUGGCUGCUAUAGUUUCCAGAGUGAAGGAGCAAUACAAAGAUGAUGAAAAGGAUUUCGAAGUAGGAUGUGAUGGAUCUGUUUUCGAAUUCUACCCAGGCUUCCAAGCCAAAAUCUUGGAAGCAAUCAAAUUAAUUGAUCCAUUGAAGGGUGAGAACAAGAAGAUACACUUGAGACUUGCAAAAGACGGUAGUGGUGUUGGUGCUGCAUUAUGUGCAAGUCUCGCUUGAACUACUUGACAACACUAUGCAAUUGUACAGAAUACUAAUUGUGUCCCCGAAGUUUCAACCUCAUAAGUACUAUUCUUGUAAUUAUUUAGGUUUAUACCCCCAAAAUUAUGCUUCCCUUCGUGCAGUCGGUAAAGAUCCAUUAUGGGAUGAUGUGUGUAGUAUUUAAGGUACACGUUCAAGGG